UCGAACUGAAAGAGAGCGUACUUCUUCUCAAGUGCCGGAAGGAGCAGCGAUGGAGGAGGAGACCCCCAGAAGGAGGAGGAGGAGCUCCAAAGCCCAUGAACGGAAGAGAAGAAGAGCUCCUUCUGAAUCCAUUCCUUCCAUCGCUCUCGAACUUGCCGGCUCCGACACUCUCUUCUGUUUACUGUUAUCGGCGCUUUCCAAGGCGCAGGAUUCACCCAAUUCGAGUUGUCGACACCUAUCCCUGAUCAAGAAAUGCCUGAGGAAACUGCGCCAAGCUCUACUCCGGGAGUCGGAGGCUCCGGUUUCGCCUCGGAGUCUUCCUGUUCCCAUCCUCUCGUUGCUUCCGGUCAUCGUUAAAUCCAAGUUCUGGGAUAUUGCCUGUCUCGGGUUAGAGGUUGUUGGGGCAGCCGCCCUUCGGUCGCUUGAGACGAAUGAACAGAUUGCCUUGGAUAGUGACAUUUUGAGCUGUGUUAUAUGGGGUUUGAGGAGUCCCUGCAGAAAGCUUAAAUCGGCUGCUUGUGGAGCUAUGCUGGAUUUGUCGAGUAGUUCGGUUGGGAGGGAGAGGCUUCUUGAGUGCUCGGCCUUGGAGACUCUCAUGGAUUGCUUUCUUCAGGUCCCUAAAUGUUCGUGGGGUUCUUUAACUCUGUGCACCGGAGAUGAUGGAAGCGCCAAUAGACAUAUGAUAGCCUGUAAGGAAGAGGAAUUUCCAGUUAUACUUCUUGAUGCCAUAAUCAUUCUUGUGAACAGCUGCAGCAACGAGCAGUUGGAAAAUAUUUCACUGCAAUCCUCAGAAUCUUUCUCAGUCCUUCUGAAGGGGCUAUGGACAGAUUUGAACAGUCAAAUCUUAGUCAACAGUGUUUUUGAGUCCAAUCAAACUGGAGAUUUUUAUCCUGCCAAUUCUAGAGUUAACGACUUGGCAGAAAGCAUUUUUAGACUUUCUAUCGAUGGUCAGUGUGCCAAUUUUGUGCCAAGUGAAGAUAUUAGAAAAAGAAUCUUUGGGUCAGAUGAGGUCAGUUUUGAAAAUUUUAUGCUGAACCACUGGGAAAGAUCGCCCCGUCUUAUCAACAAAAUCCAGAGGACAGUGGAUGAGGAAGAUAGUUUUUGGUCAUUUCUGCAGCAUCUAAAUUGUAAAAGUUCGCUUCCUCAAUUUCUGACUUCUAUGCUUCAAAAUAUGGUUUCUUGUCCACCCAUCGCUUCAGAUGAACUAGACAUCCUCAAUUUCUUGAAGCAGGAGAAGGAUAAGUUGGCCAUGCCAAUUACAUACCAGCAGGACAUAAGAGUAUUGAAAACGGAGAGGCAUUUGAACAGAGAGGCACAUUUUUUCUCGGACAGCUGGGGUUCCCGUAGCAAGAAACCUUACAUCUUUAACUGCGAUGAUAUUGCAAAAUGUGAAGAAGCUCUGGAAAAAGGUUAUACAGUGGCUAUUCGUGGCAUGGAAUUCCGUUUCAAGUCUGUUGCAGCAAUAACUAAAGGGUUGGCAUCUUUAUUUGGUCAACCAUCAGUAGGUGCAAAUCUCUAUUUGACGCCACCCAACUCACAGGGUUUAGCACGUCACUAUGAUGAUCAUUGCGUUUUUGUUUGUCAACUUAUUGGCACAAAGCAAUGGACAAUAUCUCCUCAUCAGGGUAAUCUCUUACCUCGAUUGUAUGAGCCAAUUAGUGGGACAUGCUUAUCAGAGGCUUCCAAUGGGAUGGAUGGCUGCAUGCAAAUCAUGCUCAAGGAAGGAGAUAUUCUGUACGUACCAAGAGGCUUUUUUCAUGAGGCUUACACUACCAAUGGUGGAUUUUCAUUACAUCUCACACUUGCUGUUGAAGUUGAGGCUCCAUUUGAGUGGGAGGGCUUCAUGCAUGUGGCCCUUCGUUGCUGGAGUUGGAAGAACCUAAAGCAAGUAGUACCGGAGGAGCAUCCGACUGGAAGUUUAGAUUUCAUCUCAGUGAAACUUUUGCAUAUCAUGAUUGGAUUACUCGGUAACUCUGAUCCUACAUUUCGGAAGGCUUGCUUGGUUGGUUCAAUUUCUUGGUCGUCUUUUAUGUCCAAUUGGCUUGGUCAGAGUCAGAGAACAAUCUUCAGCAAUUUGAUUGAGAAAAUCAAUAGCGAGUCUAAGUUCAUGGAAGUGUUGAUGGCCUUGGAGACGGCUGUUCGUGGGAAUGAGGAUCCCUUUCGGCGUUUACGAUGGCUUCAGAUAUUGGAUCAGGAAGGAGGAACCCUUAAAGGACAUGAUGGGCAAAUAUUUGACUUCGCAGCUGAAGACCUGGUUUCUUUAUGCUGCAAAGACAGACAGAAGGCAGAGGCGGCAUUUAUGAACGUCAAAUCUGGGUUCUGCAAAGAGAUGACACUCGAGCAGGGAAGUUCGAGUUACAGGUUGGUCCUUGAGAAGUAUAAGAAAGUAAGGAAGCAAUACUUGAAUGGAAUGCUCUCGCUCCACUGCAAAUUGAAGUGACUUCUCAUCAUAGUGAUUUCUUUAUCAUUCCGUUCGAGACUGUGUCCUCGGCCUUCAGGACUGCGCAUUUCCUAAGAAAUUGAUAAUUUUCAAUGUUUCAACUAGAAAUCUGCAAAAUAUUUUUUUUGAGCAAAAUGUGCAUGAGGAGAAAAUGCAUUUAUGAUAUCAGGUCAUACGAAUUCCCUGCUAUAAUGGAUUUUACCUUCGAUUUCUUU